GAAGUAUUUACAGUUACAUUUGCAGAAGGCAGGUAAAUGCACAUGGCAUUUGGUAAAAUUGUUGGAGCCUGCAUGUCAUGUAUUUUGUUUUACAACUGACUGACUUAUUCUAAGCCAUGAAUAGUUCUUCUAUUAACCACUCCUUUUGGUACAUUUGCAGACCCCAUCUUUCUCUGAACUACCCAGAAUCUUGUUCUCUAUAUAAGAUUGUACACAGAUGUUUUAUUACAAUACACUUGUAGACUUGUAGUUUUGUUAAAGAAGCUGUCACAAUAUGGCCAUGCAUUUGAACAUAUAUUUAUUCAUGAUCUUGAUGAACUUCUCACUGGCAUUUGCUACUAGAAACUUGACCAACUUAUCUAAUGAAGCUUGUGUUGGUGAUGUCAGUAUCGGAUUAAGCUUCGGGGGGUACCAAGAGAUUUGCCCCGAGGCUGAAGCCAUUGUCUAUUCGUGGGUUGACAAGGCAGUGGCUGAUGACCCUCGAAUGGCAGCUUCUUUGCUUCGUCUGCAUUUUCAUGACUGCAUUGUUAAUGGAUGUGAUGCAUCCGUGCUAUUGGACGACACUCCUAACUUUGUUGGAGAAAAGACUGCAGCACCAAAUGCGAACUCAUUAAGAGGAUUUGAGCUAAUUGACGCGAUAAAAUCUGAUAUAGAAUCACUGUGCCCCGGAGUUGUUUCCUGUGCUGACAUUCUUACAAUUGCAGCCAGAGACUCGGUUAUUCUGUCUGGAGGGCCUGGUUGGCAAGUUGAGACUGGUAGAAAGGACAGCAGAACUGCUAGCAAAACUGCAGCAAACAACGACAUUCCAGCCCCAACUUCCGAUGUUCAGACACUUGUGUCCAAGUUUCAAGCUGCUGGGCUUGACCUUAACGACGUCGUCACCCUUUCUGGAGCACACACCAUGGGUAAAGCUAGGUGCACAACAUUUAUCUCAAGGCUAAAUGGGAGUGCUGAUAUAUCAAGUGGAAUCGGUCCAGAUGUUAAUCUGGACUUCAUUUCAUCACUCCAGCAAUUGUGCUUGGCAGCCGACGCAAAUGCAGCUUUAGCGCAGCUUGACCUCGUCACGCCAUCAACAUUCGACAAUCAGUACUACGUUAAUUUGAUUUCUGGGGAAGGUUUGCUUACGUCGGACCAAGUGCUGGUGACGGGAGAUGAGCAGACACGUGAACUAGUCAGGUUAUAUGCGGAAGAUCAAGAAAUAUUUUUUGAGGAAUUUAGGAGAUCGAUGAUAAGAAUGGGAAGGCUACAACCAGCUGGUACUGAUGGUGAAAUUCGCAAAAACUGCAGGGCAGUUAACUAAUUGAACCGAUUAACUAGUCAUGUUUAGCAAAAUGGCGUUAGAUGAAGGUUUCAUAAUGACUCAGUGAUGAUAUUAUUUAGCCAGCCAGGUAGUGUGCCGUUAUGCUUCAUCUCAGGCCCGUCGACAACUAUUUAGAUUAGUAUGUUGUACUAUAUUUGAAUAAUGCGAAUUUUACUAGACUAUUUCCCUGUAA